AUGUCUGCGCUUGCCUUCAUAUCUAAUGUUGCCUCGUCGCGGCGGUACCUCCUCGUCGGCUGUCUGAUCGUAUUCUCGUUUUUCCUGCUGUCUACGCAUGUAUAUCAGAUUCACAACGAGACCUUGUUGUUCACCCCGUACCAUGCCUCGUGUACCUCGAUGGACGGAAUCGCCAACGCGACGUGGCCCCGCAAGCUGUGGCAGAGCUGGAAAGACGACUCGGAGGAUCCCACCCCACGCACAGAAGGCCUCAGCCACGAAUGGCGCGAGAUAAACCCCGAGUUCCGCUACGAGCGCAUCACCGACGCAAACGAAGACGCCUACGUCGUCGAUAACUUCCCCAAGGUCGUCUCCGACCUGUUCACCAGCCUGGACAACGCCGUCAUGAAGGCCGACUACCUGCGCUACCUCAUCCUCCUCAAGGAAGGCGGCGUCUGGGCCGACAUCGACGUCAAAGCGCGCAAGCCCGUAAAGAACUGGAUCCCAGACCAAUACAAAGACGAAGUCAACGUCAUAAUCGGCGUCGAGCGCGACGAAAACCACAACAAAAUCUGGGACGGCCAGCCCUACUCCAUCCAACUCGCGCAGUUCGUCCUCAUGGCCAAACCAGGCCACCCCAUCAUCGAAGAACUCGUGCAUCUCACGGAAAAGAACCUCCGCAAGCUGGUCGCCUCGCACCACGCCGGCGAGAGCGCCUCCUUCCCCGACAUCAUGGGCACGACCGGGCCCUGGACCUUCACUAAGAUCUUCAUGGACUACUUCACCACCGUGACGGGGGUGCCGCACACGGGCGACGAGAUGACGCACAUGGAGACCCCCAUGCUCAUCGGCGACGUGCUGGUCAUGCCCAAGAUAGCGUUCGGCAGCCUGGGCGACAUCUCAGACGACCAUCCCGACGUGCUCACCAAGCACUUCUUCAUCGGGUCGUGGCUGUGCAAGGACGGCAAGAUGAUCGAGGGGUCGCCCGUUGACCCCAAGGUCUGCGAGGGCACGUAG